CGGCCUUUAGAUGUGGGACAGGGGAUGAGGGAUGUAAUGAGUAAUGAUCGUGAGAUCCAAGUGAUGAAAGACUGGAGACAAAAUGAGGGCGCAGCUGUUCACCAGGGAUUGGCCUCGCCAACUGAGUAUAAUAAUCAGCGCGCAGAAUGGAGGAUCCCUAUCAGCCGCAAGUUAGAGGACUUGUCCGAAGUUAUUAAAUCUUUCCAAGUUGACGAUUCAACGGCAACCCCUCAGAACGUUAGCUGGAGAGGCGUUUUCGACUGUAUUGAAGAAGCGAAAAAGACAUAUGAGAAAAAAGCUGAAGAUAACCGCUUUAGAGGAUGGAUACGGAAAGGCGACGUAGCCCUCGGCAUUUUAGAGAGGCUUUCUGACUCCAUUCCCGAUCAAGACGGCCUCAGCAUUCUCAGGACAGGUUUGGCGUUUAUCUUCCAACAGUCCUUUCAAAAAAGACUUUCCAAUGUGGGGAAUAUCCUGCAAGAACUUGACGAUGUUCCUGGUGUUUUAGCCAGUGUCUACCAGAUAAGUGACGCAUAUCGCGGCGAAGUACGGCUAAAAAACUUGAUUUGGGACUUUUAUGGAACAUUGGUAGACUGUCUUUUAGAUCUUUUGAAUAUUUUGAACCGCAACUAUAAAGACGUCAAUGUCUUCAAGAAAGUUCUCAAACAAAUCCCUGAAGUAGAAGCAGCAAAGAUCGGUGACAUAUCGAAAAGGAUCUUCAAGGCAAAACAAACAGUCUUUGAAGCCACAGCUCAUUUAGAUCGAAAUGUAUGGCAAGAUACUAGAGUCUCGGCACAGCAAGGGCGUAUUGCGGCCGAGGCCACACGAAAAACAGCUCAUGAUAUUAAAAUCAAGGUUGUGGAGCUGCAGAAAGAGACCAGCGAAGGCCGUGAUAGACUGUCUUCCCAGGUGGACCAGUUUCGCUCACAGAUGAUUGAUGCUGCCAAUGGAAUGACCUAUGAGAUGGCGCAAACAAGGAAGCGACUCACUAAAGACGGAGAAGAGAGAAAGGAAUUCGAGGCUGGGCUGCAGAGACUGGUCGAAGCUUUGCCCUCAUCAAUUCAUGAGCAACUGCAGAGCGCAUUGUACCAGUUUGUAGCUGAUGCUAUCGUCCAGCGAAGUCUGUUUGCGCUGCCAUCAAAUUCCCUUGUUCCCAAUCCAACACCACAACAAACUAUUCAGCACAUGCCCGCCUUAACCGAGAACGAUAUCGUUAACUUGCUUCAGACGCCCGAUCCAAUCGCAGAUGCGGAGCGUAUUCUCCGCAAAGAAAGUUUGAUGAGUGAUGAGGCACUAGGAUAUGCCACACUCCUAAGACAAAAGCGACAGUUUCAGGAGUGGCUAUCAUCUGAAUGGCCUGGCCUAGUGCUGGUUGAUGGUUGGUGUCGUACCGAAAGCGUUGGACGAUCAUCUCCAAUGUCUUUCUUCACAGCUUCUUUUGCUUCUACUCUCCUCCAGACUCAAAGUGGCAUGGUAUUGCAAUUCUUUUGCAGCAAUCAUACUGACCCUCAAAAAGAGGGCUCCGGUCCCAAAGGACUCUUGCAGAGCAUAAUUUCCCAAUUGCUUCUGUAUCCAAAACCCUAUAGCGUCUCUCUGGAUUUUGUUGAUCAAAGCCUGUAUGAUGCCAUAGCAGCCAGUAACACUGAUGCGCUUUGCUUCAUGUUUGAACGACUAUUCUGGCAAAUACAACCAACUACAACGAUCUACAUCCUUUUGGAUAGUAUUUCGGAUUUUGAAUCCAAUCUCCACGACUACGGAGACAGAAUGGAGCGGGUGUUGGCUUCUUUCCAAGGGCUAAUCAGACCAGUUCUCCGAGGAUACGCUCUUGGACCAAAGCUGAAGCUUUUUAUGACAAGCCCUAAUAGGAGCCAUCGGCUAGUCCACCAUGUUGAUCGGGCCAAAGAAAAUAUUAGACUUAAUGCGGCAGGCCUAGGUAAUGGCCUGGGUGGUAACGACAGAUUGUUAAGAGAACCACGACGAGCAAGGUCACCGCUGCCGCUUGGUUAUUAG